CGUUAGCAUUUGAGAAAAACGUUUGCCUCGUUACAGUGAGAAACACAUCAGCUGCAGUAUAACUCGAUCAGUUUUCAUCGUUAUCUCAAAACAAGUGUUGGAUAUAAACAAGAAAGUACGCAAAUUGAAGGGUUCAAGGUGACGAAAAAACUUGGUGACAAAAUUUUUGGAUAUUCAUUAAUUGAAACUGAACAAUUGACUUCUGACAUCAGAUGACAUAAAGACUCGUCAGUGUGAGUCCGUCAGAUCAUCAGGUCACUGGUGUUUACAACCGUGACGCCAUAUAAAAAAACAUCUGUAGAUGUUGGGAAUAAUAAUUUAAAGAUACGUCAAGAAUUUGGAAGAGGCACAAGAGCUCUUGGAAGCUUUUGACUGGAAAAAAGAAUCAGCAAGAUGUAUAGAAACCUGAAAUUCGAUUCUCCCUACGCAGCGAAUGCCCCCAUGUGGUCAGACUUCGGUUCAAGUCCAAACGUGUCAUCAGAGUACUUCGAGGUGCUGCACCCGGAGAACGAGACCCCAUUCGUAGCAGUACCCGAGAAGAUGCGACUGAACCGAUCUGAUUUCGACAGCUCUCCAGUCAUCAAUACUCAGAAUGCACUCUUAGCUCCUCCGGGCUCAUCUCAGCCCGACUCCACGUUUAUGGAUGCCAUUGAUACGAUAAAUAUGACGCCUGUCAAGGUAGUUUCUCCAAAAGGAAAAAAAAAUCGCAGGGCUGAAGUUAUCAAAGAAACAACAGUGGAAGAUGUUCUGAACAACGUCAUAGGGAUUGCUUCCACAAUCACAAAACAACAACGUCGAAUUGUGAAUUUGAACAAAACCCAGGGGGCACCUUCAGAGAAAACCCCAGCUAAACCUAGACGUGCCACUCGUUCGAUGCAUCUCGUAGAAGGGGUAAAGACAGCAACCCCAUUGGCGAAAGGCCCUGCAUCAAAUACUCGUCGAAGUGUGGCUGCUCAGAAACUGGCUGCCCCAGUAAAGCCAAACGACGUUGUUGAUUCAUCUGUUAAAAACGAGGCUGGAGUUCCCAUCUCCAAGAUAAUAAGAACACCCAUCUUCAAUUACAAGAAGACAGUUCAAGAUGCAAAUUCCACUCCCUCCACUGGAAUUUCCGAACCAGAAAUGGAUAAAGACGAAACUAUAAAACCAGAAGUAGUCAAAAAUACUGCACUACAACCACAGCAGAUGGAGGAGAAUUACAGCAAAGUGACGUCGUCAACUCCUGCCGCAAAGCCUCCAGCCACAAUCAAUUUGAGUAGAUUGCGGAAAUCAGUACUGAUAAGUAACACGUCUAAACAGCAGACACCAACUCCAACUGUCCCUCAACAAAUUCAGCCACAGGACGAGGUACGUCCAGCAGCCCCAGCCCCAGGACCAUCAGAGGCAGAUCAUCCAGAGGAAGAUAACGAUGAAGAUUACGAGGAAAUUGACCAAGAGGCUUUUGAACCAGUUGAAGAUUUCGAUUAUUAUCAGGUCCAUCACAGUCGAAUCGUCGAGAAGCGCAGGCCACGUGGUACCCAGCCCUCAGUCUUAACCAGUCACGCCAGAAGACGAAGCAGCAUUCUCAAGAUUCGUCGUGUAUCCAAUCAGUACGUGAGCCUCGCAGAAGCAAUAAAGAAGUUUGAGAAAGGCACGCCGACUCGUUUCCACACUGUGAGCGCCAAGAAUCCUAAACCGAAGACUCUCCAAGUCGUUAAACAGCAGGCGUUGAAGAGGACGAUCCCUGUAUCUCCAGCCCUAACGUCCAAGAAUCGUGUCAGACGUCACGUGGUGCUGAGUCAAGCAGAACUCGAGGAGAUUGAGCUGCAGAAGAUGAAGCAACACCAGAUCCGUGCCAACCCAGUCCCCACGAACAUUCUUCAAGGACCACAACCCCUGAAGAGUGUUCCAAAGAAGCCACUGACGUCUCAAAAGCCAUUCCAUUUGACUAAGCCCAAGAAGACUGUUUCAACUAAGCAAGGACCAACAUCAUCAUCAUCAUCAUCAUCUGGACAAAAUACUCAAUCGAAGAAACCAGUCAAGAAGAUUGUGCCAACUGUAGUGAGUUCUGAAGGUGGUAUCACAAUCGCAGAGAGCCAAAUAAUGCACUUUGGAAUUCCUACCACUCAAAAGACUCAAGUCAUUGGUUCAGCCAAGAAGAAGACCACUCGACCCUUGCCCUUCAAUUUCGAGGCACGCAACAAGCUCUUCAUGACAAAGAAAGAAGAAAAGUUGAAGAAAUUGCAGAGUGAAGAGGAGCAGAAAGCCAAAGUCGAAUUUCAUGCUAGGCCAAUGCCAUUGUCGGCGAAGAAAGUGGCCCUGCAGCCCUCGAAGCAAGUGAAGAAUCAUGCAGAUGAUCACGAGGAUAAACAAAAGCCAAAAGUACUUCCAUUCAGCUUCGAAGCGAGGGAUAAAGUGUUGAUGAAGAAAAAGGAAGAGCUUCGUAAGAAAAUGGAAGAGGAGGACAAGAAGGCACGAACUUUCCACGCAAAUCCAGCACCCCACUUCAAACCUGUUUUAGUGAGAGGUAGAUCGAGAGAGAAUAUCAAAACUGAUACUGACAAGAAUACUGGAACAGUACGUAAUAGAUCAGCUGAAAAUCGCAAGACUGAUGUGAAAUUACAAACUCGGGGACGUUCUGUUGAGAAUCUCAGAACAUUGACUCGUGACAAGUCAAAGGAAACUCUGAAGCUCCCACGUACCCUUCAGAAACAGAUCUCUACGGGUCAAUUGUCCGAUCAAGAAAACAGGCCACCAAAUUAUCAGCCAGCAGUGCCCAAGGGGAAAGUGCCCACUAAGCCAAGUAUGCCUGUGCUCAAGCCAAAGCUGAAGAGUCUUCCUGCAGAGCUGCACAGUGACAAACGUGCCAGAAUGCGCAAGGAUUUUGACGAUCAGAUCAGGAUGAAAGCUGCCUUGAAGGAGGAGAAAAGGAGGAGAGAGCAGGAAGAGCGAUUGGCCAGAGAGCAAAUGGAGAUCAAGGAGUUGCGGAAAAAGGCAGAGACGAAGGCAAGACCAAUGCCAGUUUACAAACCCAUGACUCUCGUUAAAUCAACCAAACAACUCACUGCUCCCGAGAGUCCAGCUUGGGCUAAAUCAAAACAUUGAUUAAUCUCUUAUAUGUUAUUUUUUUUAUUAUCAUCAUUCUCAAAUUAUUGAUUACUUUUUUUAUGUAACGCAUUUUUAUAUUCCUCGGAAUCUUUGUUCAUGCACGCGUAUACGUAGUGUUAAGUUCAUUUGACAAUUGUAUGGAAAGUUGUUUGAAAUAUACAAAAUUUGUCAUUGCUAUAAUAAAAGGAUAUCUGAAGGAGGUGAAGGUUUCGAAUAAAUAUUUUGAGGAUGAAGAAGAACAUUACAUUAGGCAAUUUAUUUUUUUGUUUGUAUGAAAAGCAUUAAACCAGUAUUUCUUAGGGCCACCUUUUUGUUUCAAUAAUAAAUAGGAAUUAUUCAACCUAAAUUAUACACAUUGAUUCUCUGCCAAUUGCUGUGGAAUAAAAAAACUAUUGCCUCCGUUAA